UCCAGACCAAACAUCCUCCUCAAAAAGACCACACCACCAUCACAUUUCCAAACCACCCCCAUGGCCCUCACCACCCCCAGAACCAAGAGGACCAUUUGCUCCAUCCAAUCUAGCCUUGCCACCACCCUCUUCUGUGUCAUCCUCUUCAUCAUCCCAGCCCUCCUCCUCCUCCUCCACACCCCUCCUACCUCCAUAUGCAACCCCUUCUCCUCCUCCUCCUCCUCCGCCGCCACCACCACCACGGCUUUCUCUGGCGACCUCCGCUCAGCCGACUUGUCCUGGAACCACCUAAGUUUCUCCUCUAAUAUCCCUCCACCCGUUGUCCUCAAAAUAGCUGUUUUCACCAGAAAGUGGCCAGUGGGGACAACGCCCGGAGGGAUGGAGCGCCACGCGUACACAUUAUACACGGCUUUAGCCCCGCGAGGCCACGAGAUCCAUAUCUUCACUUCACCACCACAUGAAGACGUAGGUUUAAUCAACACGAAAACUACCAACGCCCCAAUUGUGCAUUUUCACGAGGACGCCCAGCCUGGUCAGUGGCGGUACAACAAGGCGUGGGAACAAUACGAGGAAGAGAACGAGAAACACCCCUUCGACGUGAUCCACACUGAGAGCGUGGCCUUACCGCAUUAUAAAGCUAGAAAUAUCCCGAAUCUUGCUGUCUCAUGGCAUGGAAUCGCGCUAGAGAGCGUUUCAUCGAGCAUCUAUCAAGAUCUACUAAGAAGACCCGACGAGCAAAUGUCUCAAUCUUUUAAUAAGAGUCUACAAGUCAUGAUCCCCAAAGUCCUGAACGAAAUUCGCUUCUUUAGAAACUACCAACAUCAUAUCGCGAUAAGCGACAGCUGCGGGGAAAUGCUUAGAGAUGUGUACCAAAUCCCUAGUAAACGCGUACACGUGAUCAUUAAUGGGGUAAACGAGAACGAUUUUCGUGAAGAUCCGGAAUCAGGUAAAAAAUUUAGAUCGAAAAUUGGUGUGCCUAAAAAUGCAAGUUUACUCCUAGGGGUGGCUGGGAGACUAGUGAAAGAUAAAGGGCACCCAUUGCUAUAUGAAGCCUUUGCAAAACUAAUUAAAAGCUACAGAAAUGUGUAUUUGGUUGUGGCUGGGGCAGGACCAUGGCAACAAAGGUACAUGGAACUAGGGUCCCAAGUCAUAGUCUUGGGCUCCAUGAACCCGUCGGAGCUUCGUGGGUUCUAUAACGGGAUAGAUAUAUUUGUGAACCCGACUCUUAGACCGCAAGGGCUUGAUUUAACGCUUAUGGAAGCCAUGAUGGCUGGGAAACCCGUGAUGGCUUCGCGGUUUCCCAGCAUUAAAGGGACCAUACUUGUUGAUGACGAGUAUGGUUUUAUGUUUUCGCCGAAUGUGGAGUCGUUGGUGGAGGCUUUGGAGUUGGUGGUAGCGGAAGGCCCAAGGAGGCUUGCUCGGAGAGGGAAGGCUUGCCGGAAAUUCGCGAUCUCCAUGUUUACUGCCCGGAAAAUGGCGUUAGCUUAUGAGAGAUUAUUUUUAUGUAUAAAGAACGAAAGCUUUUGUAUUUACCCUUAGAUAUUUAUAUUAUACCAUGCAUCAUCAUUGUUCUAUAGAGAUAUGAAAUUGAAAAUACGGCUUUAGGCUUUUAAAGAUCCGAUGUUACGGUCUGUAUUCAUCAACUGAAUUUCCCAAGUUUUAAUCUAAUU